AUGUCGAAUUGCACAAAGCUAGAUAAGCUUCAACUUGGAGGAAAUGCAUUUUUUGGGAAAGUACCUUCUUUGGAAAAUUUGUAUAAGCUUAGUUGGUUUGUGGUCCCUUCUAAUCAGCUUGGAAGUGGAAAACCUGAAGACUUGAGUUUCCUUUGCUCGUUGAUUAACAAUAACAAAUUAAAGUGGGUGGAAAUUGACCACAACAAGUUUGGUGGGGUGUUACCUAAAUGCAUGGGUAAUUUAUCCACCACUCUUACAAUAUUUUCUGCAAUCUUUAAUGAAAUAUCUGGUGAGAUUCCCAAAGAAAUUAGGAAUCUUUCCAAUUUGGAAGCAUUGGCUUUGGAUGGCAACCUACUUUCAGGUGCCAUCCCCUCAAAUUUGGGGAAUCUACAAAAUUUAGUUUUGCUGAGCUUAAGUCAGAACAACCUAAGAGGAACUAUCCCAUCUUUUUUGGGAAACCUAACCAAGUUAAUUAAAUUGGAUCUUUACGAGAACAACUUUUAUGGGCAAAUUCCUUCACAUUUAUCAAACUGCCGAUCUCUUAUUCAGCUUGAUCUGUCCUAUAACAAUCUUAGUGGUCCCAUGCCCCCACAACUUAUCGGUCUCUCAUCAUUAGCUAUCAUCCUUAACCUAUCUUGUAACCAUCUUACUGGGAUUCUACCCACAGAAGUUGGCAACUUAAAAGCUUUGACUGCGUUGGAUAUCUCGAACAAUUUGUUGGUUGGUGAAAUCCAAAGUAGUUUAGGUGAUUGCAUUGCAUUGACAUUGCUAAGGAUGGGGGGCAACUUCUUCCAUGGGUCCAUUCCUCAAUCAUUCAAAUGGUUAGAAGGUAUUGGAGAACUAGAUCUUUCACAAAACAAUUUAUCGGGCCAGAUUCCAGCAUUCCUAGCAAUAUUUCAUUCCUUGAAACUUUUGAAUUUAUCGUACAAUAAGUUUGAAGGCAUGCUACCAUGUGAAGGAGUCUUUAAGAAUGCUACAAGUACUUCUAUUAUUGGGAACAAUGAGCUUUGUGGUGGAUUGCCAGAAUUUCACCUCCCCAUAUGCAUCUCCAAAAGCUCCAAGAGUAGAAAGAUCCAUAUGGUGAUAUUGUCCACUUAUGUUAUAUCCGGAGUUCUUGGGCUAGCUCUUAUUCUAGCUUUAUAUCUUUGUUGGUUGAAGAAGAAAGUAAACAAAGAAGUUUCAUGUUUGAUGGAUGAUUCAUGUCCGAACGUAUCUUAUGGAACACUCUUAAAAGCUACUGACAGUUUUUCUCCAAUGAAUUUGAUCGGUGUUGGAAGCUUUGGUUCUGUUUACAAGGGAAUGCUUGAGGAAAAUCAAACAGCUAUUGCGGUGAAAGUGCUUCAUUUAGCCCAUCAUGGUGCUUUGAAGAGCUUCAUAGCCGAGUGUGAUGCAGAAAAAAAUAUAAAACAUCGAAAUCUUUUGCAGAUACUAACAAUUUGCUCAAGUAGUGAUUACCAAGGAAGUGAUUUUAAGGCAUUAGUUUAUGAAUUCAUGGAUAAUGGAAGCCUAGAAGAGUGGCUACACCCCAACACAUCAUCAUCUCAUGGGAAUGAGCUUUCAAAAAGGUUGAAUUUUGUUCAGAGGAUAAAUAUUGCUAUUGGUGUUGCCUUUGCACUGGAUUAUCUUCAUCACCAAUGCCAUAUCCCCAUUGUUCAUUGCGAUUUGAAGCCAAGCAACAUUCUCUUAGAUGCUGAGAUGGUCGCACAUGUUGGCGACUUUGGGUUAGCAAAAUUCCUUGUUGGAUCAUCCCUUGAUUCUGUAGCGGAUCAAAUGAGCUCGGUAGGUUUAAGAGGGACAAUUGGUUAUGCUCCACCAGCUAAUGAUAACUCUUAUAGUCUUAUGCACAAUUGA